AUGCCGGCUUUCCGGCGGGUCCUCUGCGUGGCGUUGCUCGUUCUGCUGAGCUCCGCCGGGGAGAUCCUCUGCCACAGCAAGGGAAUCCGGCCGGGGAGGAGCAGGGGGAGCGGGUUCCCGGGGAAUGCGACUCGCGCGCAGAUGAUCGAGCAGCAGUUCUUGCGCUGGGUGCGGUACGUCGGCGGCCUCCGGCACUCGCUCUUCGGGACGGCGAUGAACAAGCUCUUCCCCUCGUACACCCUCACCGUGGACAAGAACCCUUCCGCCGGCGACUUCACCACGAUACAGUCCGCCAUCGAUUCGAUUCCAUUCGUCAACCUCGUGAGGGUUGUGAUCAAGGUCAAUCCCGGCGUCUACACGUGAGUCCUUCCCGCCGUUAGGUUUCUUGAGGAAUCACUCUCUCUCUCUCAUCGCGAUCUUGUCCAUUCGGUCGUCAAGUUCCACCUGCUAGAAUGUGAAUCGAGAGCCCUUCUCUGCAGCGAGAAGGUCAACAUUUCGCCGUUCAGAGCGUUCAUAACCGUCGAGGGAGCAGGAGCGGAUAAAACCGUCGUCCAGUGGGGCGACACGGCGCAGACGCCGGGCUUCAAUGGGCGGCCCAUGGGAACCUUCAACUCCGCCACCUUCGCAGUCAACUCCCCCUACUUCAUCGCGAAGAACAUCACCUUCAAGGUAUGUCCCCCGCGCCUUCUUCAUAAACCCGGAGAAGACUUCCUCUGAAUAGAAGGAGCGCGAAUUGCUCUGACUCGCCAUGGACGGUUUUCUCGGUGUCGCGCAGAACACGACCCCUGUUCCGCCGCCGGGGGCGCUGGGGAAGCAGGCGGUGGCCCUGCGGAUUUCCGGCGACACCGCAUCGUUCUGGGGAUGUAAGUUCAUCGGCGCGCAGGACACGCUCUACGAUCACCAGGGCAGGCACUACUACAAGGAUUGCUACAUCGAGGGCUCUGUGGACUUCAUCUUCGGAAACGGUCUCUCCCUGUUUGAGGUAGACCUCGUCCCUCGUCCCUCCUCCUCAGGUAAUACGAUCAGGGGGGCAUAUUCUAUCGGGCAUUCUAGCAUAAGGGCGGCAUCAGUCUUCCCCCUGCCAAGGUAUGGUGGGGGGGCUGGCCUCCACAUGGUGAAGAGAUAGGACAGUUGUCACGGGGGGGGAGCUACAAAAUUCCGCAUGAUUCUGCCUUUUACGCCUCCCCGUGACAGUGAUUCUGUAAAGGCCCACACGGGAAUUCGCGGCCCGGAUUUAGCCACAUAGGAAACCUUUCGCCGUUGGCGGCCAGCCGAAGGAAACAGGAGUGCAGUCCAAAUGUUUUCCUUCUUGUUCCUGUUCUUGUUCUUCGUGUUCUUCGCGGAUUGAUUGAUGGAGGAGGUGGAUGGGCAGAGCUGCCACGUGCACGCGAUAGCGGUGAACUUCGGGGCCGUGACGGCGCAGGACAGGAUGAGCAUGCUGGAGGACACGGGGUUCUCGUUCGUGAAUUGCAAGGUGACGGGUUCGGGGGCGCUCUACCUGGGCCGUGCAUGGGGCACUUUCUCCCGGGUCGUCUUCGCCUUCACCUACAUGGACAACAUCAUCGUCCCCAAGGGCUGGCACAACUGGGGCGACCCCAACCGCGAAAUGUAAGCACACCUCUCUCUCUCUCUCUCCCUUUCUCUCUCUACUGAAGAAGGUCCUCCCUUGGUGGUGCUUGGACGCCAUGGCAGGACGGUGUUCUAUGGGCAGUACAAGUGCACGGGGCCGGGGGCGAGCUACGCGGGGAGGGUGGCCUGGUCGAGGGAGCUCACCGACGAGGAGGCCAAGCCCUUCAUCUCUCUCAGCUUCAUCGACGGUUCCGAGUGGAUCAAACUGUGA